UUAAUGUAACCCUUUUUUCGUUUCGCUCUUGGUCGCUCUUGUUUCGUCUACUUUCCGUUUCUCUUCGCGUUUCCUUCUCUUCAACCAGCUAAGUAUUCUUAUUUCUUAAUUUUCUUCUCUCUUUUCUUUCUUCUUCCCUGCUGUUCCUCGCCCGUGCUUUUUCCUUUUCUUCUUCCGAUCUAUAGAUCUUGUUUGGAUCUAGGGUUACUUGGGGUUCUUCUUUGUUAUUUUUGGGCUGUUUUGUUCACGUCCGAUCUGCGGAUUAGGAGUCAGGUAUUUGUAGAACCAUUCCAAUGAUUUUAGAUUUUCUAUGAGCUACGCAGUCCUCAUGCGUCGGAUCCGUGUUCUUCACUCGUUCUCGGUUGUCUUCCUUUACUGGUUUUACGUUUUCUCAUGAAUUAGCCCCCUCUUUGUUCAUCAACCUCCUUAUCUAGAUCUAACCCUAGUUAAUUUCUCUGACUGUUGAAAAUUUGAAUUCCCUAAUUAUCAUUCAAUUUAUUAAUCUCCAUUAAAUAUUUUCCCGGAUAAAAAUAAAAGAAAAAAACACUUCCCCUGAGAUGGCUCCAGUGCAAAGGCCAGGGAGUUCCGGAUCCGAUUCCGACCCGCGAUAUGCAAACAUCGACGAGAGGAAAAGGAAAAGAAUGCUGUCAAACCGUGAAUCUGCAAGGCGAUCACGGAUGAGGAAGCAGAAGCAGCUCGAAGAUUUGGUUAGCGAAGUGGGCACAUUGCAGAAAGACAACAGCCAGCUCUCUGAAAAUAUCAACGUCACCACCCAACGCUACAUCGAGAUGGUAUCUGCCAACAACGUGUUAAGAGCUCAGGCAGUGGAAUUGACCGAUAGAUUGCGGUCCCUGAACUCGGUGCUGCAUAUUGUGGAAGAAGUGAGCGGUCUUGAUGUUGAAAUCCCGGAGAUUCCGGAUUCCCUGUUGGAGCCGUGGCGGCUUCCCUGUCCGAUUCAGCCAAUUAUGGCGUCGGUCGAUAUGUUCGAGUGUUGAACUGUUGAUGGAUGGACUCUCUUCCUUAUCCGGAUAAUGCGGGUCCCUUGUCGAAGUCAGUUUGUGCUUGUGAGUGGUUCGUUAAUGUUAUCUUUUUCCUCUAUGUUUUUGUCUGUGUUUUUGUUAAUGUUAGAUGAUAUAAAAUUAGGUUUAUUCUGAUGUCGAGUCUGUUGAAUGGGGAGUUUGGUUUUGCAGAAACCUUUUGGUGUUUUUUCUAUUAUGUACUUAUGGAUUUCGAUGGAUAUGUGGAAAGUUAGUUUUCCAAUGCAAUGGUUCCUCUUUAUAAUAUCAAUUUCUUUCUGAUUA